AAACAGGCUGUCAUUCGUGUUCAGAGCCUCCAAGCGGACAGAAGCUCUUCUCGGCUCGAAGAACGGAAAACAGUAGAGUAGAAGUUAGAAUCUUAGGGCACAGAAGAACAAAAAAAAGUAAAGACACAAGUUAGAUAGUUGAGCUGUGUUCCAGUAUAUCACGUGCAAUGAUCAAACGAUCUUCCACCGGUGUCACAGCUUAAGAUCAUGCGAUAACAUCUCGCCACUAUCAUAUCGUUCUCCCGCAAGUUGUGGAAGGACUACUAUUCGAUCCUUCAAAUGAUCCUCGGUUGAUCUCUUCGGAAGCGGAAAGACUUACCCAGCCAAACCAUGCAGCAUCGGUAGCAUCGGCUUUAAAGCAAGAAAACAGUUCCUCUUGUGCGUGUAGUUGCUCUGUUGUGUGCUCUCUGUGUGUUUUGUUGGUUCGCAUUUGUGUGUGUUUGUGCCUAUUUUUCGUGCGUGUUCUUUGGUGUGUUUAGUGUGUUGUGUAACUCCGAUCCUUUGGAGAUGAUAUUGGACGGAUUGUCGAAAGAAAGUUAAAAAUACCAACCACAAAAAAUGACUCCUAGCACCAGCAGCUAGUGAUCGUUCGGGAAAAAUAAAUUAAGAAACAAGUGAAGUUCACUUUGGUGCUUGUUGAUACCUAACUCCGCGUGCAAUUCGUGCACAUUCGUCUUCUUGAUCAGUCAGCUCGUGAGUGAAUGUGUGUUUGUGUUUGCGUGUGUUCAUAGUUUUGGUUCACACACUCUCUGGAAACAAGAAACAUUACCGUCUCGCAGCACAUCAGCGUCGGAAGACAUACGCUGCUCUCUAAAGUCAUUAUCAGGAAUAGCUAAACCCGCUCACUCCACGCCUCAACAUGUAUUACGACGACAACGUGGUGUUCGAGAUUGUCGAGCAUACAAGCCGCUUCACGCUCAACUCUGCCGGACGAUCGCCAGCAAGCAGACGGACGGAGCAGCGCCAGCGCAGCCUCCAGUUCCGGCAGCACGGUGUGCCCCAGCGCAUGAUCUACGACGAUGGGUGCAAGAUGUUGGGCUCGCCCGGCAAGGAGAACAUGCCGACCGAGGAGCUCUCGUUCUACCAGAGCCACAGCCCGCAGCAAAGCCCCCGGCCGUGCAGCCCGUGCACGCUCUGUCCCGAGGAUGGCGAGCUGCUGCCGUCGGAGAGCAACACGCCCAGCAAGCACAUGGCGAUACCGAUCGUGAGCGGGACGACGGGCCCGAUCGUCGUCGCGGCCGCCGCCGGCAAGCUGACCACCGGCCCGGGCGGGCUCGGCUACCGUCUGCGCCGCCCGCUGGACGAUCACGAUCCCAACUCGAUGGACUCCGGCUACGGUGCGAGCGUGCUGAACGAUGCGCUCAUGAGCUCGCUGCACAACAGCAGCAGCGGUUCGGUGACCGCGGCCAAGCAAUCGCAUCACUCCCUGUUCCAGUUCAACCAGUCGCAGACGGCGCAGAACACCAGCCUGUCCCGGCACAACAGCGCUAGCUCGCCCGCGAGCUCGCGGGGCCGACUGCUGCUGCACAGCAGCCUGUCGUCCGGCUCGAUGGAAUCGAUGGACGAUAUGGAGCUGUUCGACAUGGAAGCGAUGGAAGACGACGACAUGGAGGGCAAGGGGCAGCCGGGGCAGCAAUCGCGUACCCAGCAGCCGAGCGGACUGAGCUCGCUGAUCUGCGGCACGAUCAAGACGACGACGCGCACGGCGACGACGCCCGAGCAUCAGAAGCGCCCGUUCGUGCGCCGCUGUCUCAGCCUGACCGAGAACAACAAUGGCACCGUGCUGCAGCAGCAGCAGCAGAUGAAGACGCCGGAGCGCUACUCGCGCCGCAUGAUCGCGAUCGAGGAUCAGGAAAACUGCAACCUCACGCCGUACUCGUCGCGCACGGAAGCCGCGGUGACGCGCUGCUUCAAGCGGCCGGAACCGCCGGGCAUUAGCCCGGUACAGAGCAAGCGCAGCAAGAUGCAGAUGGAUGCGGCUGCGUUCGCACCGCCGGCCGUGACCGCGCUGGACAGUCCGGCCCGCACGACCGUGCUGGCGGCGGUGCCGAAGAAGCCGGUGUACCAGAAAUCGAUCUCGAUGAACGAUGCGCAGAUCAUGAGCGCCCUGUCGCGGUCCUCGUCCGAGCCGGAUCUGAUCGGCGACUUUAGCAAAUCGUACGUGCUGCCGCUGAUGGAGGGCCAGCACCGGGAUCUGAAGUCGAUCUCGGGCGACACGAUGGCGCGGCUGGUACGCGGCGACUACAACGACAAGAUUGCGAGCUUCAAGAUCAUCGACUGCCGGUACCCGUACGAGUACGAGGGGGGCCACAUCCGUGGCGCGAAGAACCUGUACACCCAGGAGCAGAUUGUCGAGGAGCUGAUCCAGUCCAAGACGGCUCCGCCGAAGGUCACCGACGGCCAGGACGGGACGAUGCGCCGUCACAUCAUCGUGUUCCAUUGCGAGUUCUCGUCCGAGCGUGGUCCAAAAUUAUCACGCUUCCUGCGCAAUCACGAUCGCAUCCUGAAUGCCGACAGUUAUCCGGCGCUGCACUAUCCGGAGAUGUACCUGCUGCACGGCGGCUACAAGGAGUUCUUCAAGGCGCAUGCCGAACUCUGCGAUCCGAUCGCGUACCGACCGAUGCUGGAUCCGGACUUCGGCGAAGCGUACCGGCACUUCCGGGCCAAGUCGCGCAGCUGGAAUGGGGACGGCACUGGUACGGUCAAGGCCAGCGCCACCGCCUCCUCCAGUUCGCUCGCCGGUGGACCGAGCCGGCUGACUAAGUCGCGGUCUCGAUUGAUGCUUUAAUAGCGCCCCCCUGGCACGCCGCUUAAUGGUGUGUGCGCUGAAAGCUGGUUGCUACCGAACUGUGUUGAACGUGUUUUCUCCCGUAUCUUUGGUGUCCCGAUCUUCCUCCAUGACCCUGUCGCCCCUUCCCCUUUUAUCCACGCUCACGUCUCUUGUAUAUACGUUAUGGAAUGUUUUUUUUUGUUGUUAUUAUAUUUUUAUACUUACGUUUACCUUAGUUUAAUGUUUUGUUUUUCUUUGCUAACGAAAGCAGAGCCGACGACAAUUACCGUUGCAAGACAGUUUUGUGCAUAUUUGGAAAAGUCUCUUUAAACGAAUGACAUUUUUGAACAAAUUCAAAAUAAACAAAAAAAAGAAGAAGAAGAAGAAGAAUAGGAAGAAACGUAACAAUUUUUCGUCAAUUAGCUACAAUUAACUUGUUGAAUUCAAACGCGCAGCACCAUACGGCAAUAGCAAUACACAAACCGAGAACUGGUCGUUCUGCUGUUAGCAUACUCAUAACUGACAAGCACAAAAAAGCACAUCUCCCCUGCUCUGAAAUAGCUUACCGUAUAGUUUUUUUUUUGUUUGUCGCAUUAUUGCUUUUUGAUGUGAACAUUUUUCUUUUUUAAUUUUUCAUAGUUUACGUUUUUUUCUUUUAUUUUUUAGUUGCGUUGUUAUUCCUGAGUUUUUCUUUUUAAUAUCUGUGAUUUAGAAUGACUUAUCUUUUGAAGUAUUCUUUUCAUAACAAAAAAAAAAGAACCGCAUCGCCUUGUGCGAUGGGUGUCCCAAAAAAUCUCAUAAAACUUCAAUCGAAGUCGAAGAAGCGUCGUGGUGUAACGAAAGUGGGGACUUGGGGCGAACCGUUGACGACAAAUUGCGUCCCAGUGGAGACUAAACGAUAAGUAAUGUUUUCCAAACCAUGUGUAGUAGGGACGGAAAACUGUCGAGAAUUGUUAGCAGCUUCGUGGAAAUGGAGCACUUAAAACUAGGCUCUUUACUCUCAUUUCUUACCGAAACAACCACACCAGUUCUAUAGCAUUGCAAUAGAUUUUAGAGUUAUCGUUCGUUUUGGUGCGUGCACGGUUAGGGCAGGACGGUCACGAAGGAGCACGGUACUAAAAUGACAAGUGCAAAUUAGGUAAAUAAAUAUAAAAACCAGCCUCCCGGGUGCGAUUGUAAGUGAUAACUACUACUAUAUGGCACCGAUACACAGCUCCAAACUGUGCGGAAAGUGUGAGGGUAGGCCUAUUUCCGCAAACAAGUGAAAUGCCUGUCCAAGACAGCGGUGCUUGAUGUGGGACUUCCCGUUAUGUUAGGCUAUGCUAUAACAAGGGAGCGAAAAUACCACAAGGAUUAUUAAACCUAACCCCAUGGAAUACACAGUAACGCAGAGUAGAUUCCCCUCCGACAGAUUAUACAUCUCACAAGCAUCGCCGCAUGAUUGUUGAAAAGAAGAAAAAAAAAAACAAAUCAAGCAAAAACACACAGUUAAACAAGAAGAGUGCAAAUUUUUAGAAAGUUAGAUAGCGUUUUUGUUGUAACCAAAUUGUAGUAAUGAUGUAAACAACUUACUAUAUAUAUAGAGGCGCGCUACGGAGGAAUGCGAUGUGGCAGUAAAAUGUGCAAGAAUCAACGAUAGCAAAAUACCCUUAUUAGCGUGUAAGAUAAGAGUACGGAAAAAUUAUAACUAGCUAAAAAGAAGAAGAAGAACCCUCUAAAAAUACAGAAAACCAAUUGCAUAAAAUAGAGAGAGCAAACGAACUGAACAAACUUUUCGGAAUCGGGAACAAAGUCGGAAGUCGGGGAAGCAUCGUCGACUUCCAUAAAUAUCUCCCCCGUUUUCUUGCCUAGUGUUUAGCACGAGAUAGACUGACUGUUGCGUUGCACGUGAUCGUGUGCUUCGCGCAAGAUUUCACUAUGUAAAUAGCUGCAGGUGCGUAUAUCCUGCGCACGCGUUUGUGUGAGUGUGUAUCAUACGAGCUACGACU